GGCAGGGGCCCGCCUCGCCCCGCCGCUCUCCCCGCUCCGUCGCCCGCCUCGUCGAAGGAAACAGGCAGAGUGGCCCCUCGAGCCCCAGCAGGACCCGGGUUGGUGACGAGCAGCUGUCAUGAUCUCUACGGCACCUCUCUAUAGCGGGGUGCACAACUGGACCAGCACAGAGCGGAUUCGCAUGUGUGGCCUCAACGAGGAGAGGAGAGCCCCACUUUCUGAUGAGGAGUCUAAAACCAGCAGCUCCCAGCAUUUGGGAUCUCAAGAGUUUUGCGUCAGCAGCAGCCUUUCCAAGGUGGAGCUCACAGCAGUCAGCAGUGGUGGCAGCAGUGCCCAGGAUGCAAGUGGCAAGGUGGAGGAAAAGAUUGGACCCAAACUGGAAGAGCAGCCACCUGAUCCUAACCCAAGCCCAGAGUGUGUGGGAAAGACUGUGAAGGACGAUGUUCAGGGCCCUCUGGCAAACCAGGGGGAUGGCAGAGGGCAGGAGCCUGCAGUCCCCCAAGCUGCUGAGCAGGAGAGCAGCAGUGCUGAUGUUGCGGGGAUGCCUGCAGAUCCUCCCAGCGACAAGCAGGCUGACGUUCCUUCCACCUGCUCUGUGGCUCCAGAGAAUGAGCCUGCUGGGAAGGAGAAAACCGCCCCAAGCACCGGAGCACAAGGGCCAGCAGUGCUGGCAGAAGGGACGUUAUCCGUGGUCGCUUCCAGCUGCAGCACCUCAGCCUCCACCCCUGCAACUUUUACUUUGAGUCGAGUAUGCUUUCCCACGUCUCAGGCCCCUGCUAUGCACAAAGUGCCCCUGUCCUUUCAGCCUGGGACGGUCCUGAGCCCGAACCAGUCGCUGGUGUACAUCCCACCGCCCAGCUGCGGGCAGCCGCUCACCGUGGCCACUCUUCCAAGCACUUUGGGGGUCUCCUCCACGCUCACCCUUCCCGUCCUGCCUUCCUACCUACCUGAGCGUUGUGUGCCAGGCAUCAUUGCUUCCCCGGAGCUGCGUUCCUACCCCUACACCUUCUCUGUCACCAGACCCUUGGCUUCAGAUGCCAAAGUGGUGUCGGUGGAGGUGAAUCAGCUUAGCUGCUCUUCGCCCUCAGGUGGAAGCGGUGCCCAGACCGCUGCCGAUGGCGCUCCCUCGUCCACAGCUGGCCCUGCCCCGUCGUCCAGCCAGCCUCUGCCGGCAGCACCGUGUGGAAGCGCUGCUCCCUCUUCUGGCACUGGCACACAAGCCAGAGCAGCGGCAGCUCCCGAGCCGCACGCACCAGGGGCGGCGACUUCGCUUUCACCUCUGAAGUCCCCUCCGCAGCUGGAGCGUGAGAUGGUCUCCUCCCCGGAGUGCAGCGAGAUGCCUCUCGAUCUCUCCUCCAAGUCCAAUCGCCAGAAGCUGCCUCCACCCAGCCAACGCAAAACCCCUCCGAUGCCCAUCCUCACCCCUGUGCACACCAGCGGCAAAGCACUUCUCACCACGGUCCUGUCCAAGUCCCAGCGCGCGGCCCAGAGCGCGGGCAGCAGCGUCACCUCGUGUCUCAGCACCACCGCGCCCUUCGUCAUCUUCCCCGAGUUCCUGCGGAACAGAGAGCAGGGCUCCUGGGUGAAGAACACCACCCUCAUCAGCACCAUUCCAGGCACCUACGUCGGCGUUGCCAACCCCGUGCCUGCCUCGCUGCUGCUCAGCAAGGACCCCUGCGUGAGCUUCAGCAGGGACCCCCACCACCUUCCCAAGCAGGAGCCGAUUUCCAUCAUCGAUCAGGGAGAGCCCCGAAGUGCUGGGGCUCCCUGCGGGAAGAAAGCCAGCCAGGCGGGCGCAGAGAGACAGCAGGAUCCUGCCAAGAGACUGCUUCAUGGCAGAGCUGCUCCGGGAGCUCCUUUGUGUCAAUCCAAGGACAUCUCCACCUGGAAUCCUGUCCAGGGGAGCGUGUACCCACGAUGCCCUGUGAAUGGCAAGCCUUCCAAUCCUCAGCUUUUGCCUCUUGGCUGGUCUCCUUAUCAUCAGACCCCUCUGCUUUCGAUCGGCAUCUCCACCACGGGGCAGCUGCCCCCAAACCCCAACAGCUCCUGCAAGCCCGCUGGCACAGGUGAGCUCCCCACGUUCCUGAGUGUGCAGCCCACAGAGCCCAGCGCGGCGGCCCAGAGCCUUCCCGAGGGGCUGCCCAGGCUCCCACCUGCGGAGUGCGAAGCUGCAUCCAAGAGCAACAAGAGCUGCCGACCCCUGCCCAAACCCGGCGAGGAGCAGGACAGUGCCAUCCCUUUGAACACAGGCCCAUCUCCUCAAACCAGCACUUUGGAUGCAAAAGGAGGAAAGGGGAAGCUGGACAACCCUUCGAAGAGUCAAGAGCAUGAGGAACCAGAGGCCGACUCCAGUAAGGAGGGUGUUGUGCAGGCUGAGGCUCCCCAGGGGAGCUGCAGCCUCAAGCAGACGGAUGCGAAGCCUAAAAACCAAGUGUUAGCUGCAUACCUGUCGCAUGACGUGCCCGUGGUCGGGCAGCAGGCCCUGCGGGUGGUUCCAGAGGUGCCUGCAGCACCCGUAGAGAAUCAGCACAAGGAGGCAGGCUGUGAAGGCUCCCAGCAGCCUCCAGCUGCAGAGCCCCUCCAGUGCACGCAUCAGGUGGAUCUAUGCAGGGUGAAGAAGGAGCGCGUGGAGAGCGAUGUGUCGUUGCCUUCGGUGACUUGCUUGAGAGCUGGGGCUGCUCCCCAGGCCUUGGCAGAGGCCAAGCUCACGGCUGCAGGCCAGGUCAAGCAAGAGAGUGGCACACGCUGCAAGUCCAAGCGGCAGCACGACGGCGAUGCCAGGCAGGUGCAAAAGAGACUGAAGUGCAAAGCGCAGGAUGGCGAGGAGCCCCUGAGCAAAUCAGGGAGCCAGAGUGUGCAUGGCCGGAAGUGGCGGAAACACCACGACAACCUGCACGAGCUCAGCAAGCGAGAGGGCCGAAGUGGCCUGGGAUCAGUGAGUGAUCACAACAGCCUCAGGGUAAAGCGUAAGCGCAGGAAGCCGACGAAGACAGAGUUCCCUUCUCCCGAGCACCGUGGGGACAGCCACGAGGAAGGUUACCUUGAGAAGAAGCCCAAGAACAACUUCCGGGACUUCAUCCCGGUGGUGCUGAGCAGUCGGACGCGCAGCCAGUCGGGAAGCGUUGCCGGCUCUUCUGCUAGCGCGAUGGGAGAGUGUGAUGUGAGCGGUCAGGAUAUUUUACCUUUGCUGGAGGAGGAUGAGGAAGAAGAGGAGGAGGAAGAGGAGGAAGAGGAGGAAGAGAUAUCCUUGAAACGUCGCAAGCUGCGGAAAUCCCACCAGGCAUCGCGUUAUCACAGCCACAGGGCCAGGGACAGGUCUGUGUCCGAGAGGAGCAGCUGUCACGCGAGGAGGAGCCGGGAGCUGCCCUGGAGAGUGGACGCACCCAGGCAGCUGUGGGAGCCCAACGAGGAGGAGGAGGAUGACAGCCACAUCAAAAGAAAGAAAAGGAGACGACAGAAAAGCCGGAGAUACCAGACUGGGGAAUAUCUGACCGAAAGGGAGGAAGAACGGGUGGGCUUCCCUCACAGGAGGCGAAAAUCCAAAGCAGAUUUUAGGUACCGAAAGCAGAAGGAGUCAGCGCAGGGUAAAAGCACAGAGCUGAGGCUGAGGAGCAGGCUUUCCCCAUCCCCCCGCAAAUCCCAAGGACGCCCAGACUUUCGGAACGGCUUCUUCUUGGAGCACUCAGACAGCUCUCCUGUCCAGGAAGAGCUGGAGAAACCAUCAGGAAAACGCAAAUGUAAAACCAAACACCUGGCAGGGAUCUGUGAUGAGGGGAAGGUGAAAGGACGCUGGAGCCAGCCCAAAACGCACUCUCCGAAGAAGCCCCAGGACUCGUGGCCUCUUUGUAAAUCCCAUCGUGUCAGCCCAGGGAGCUCCCCUGAGUUGCCUGCAGCCCAGCACAUUCCUCCUGAGGCACGGCGGCUGAUAGUGAACAAAAAUGCAGGGGAGACCCUCCUGCAGCGAGCAGCUCGCCUGGGCUACAAGGACGUGGUGCUCUAUUGCCUGCAGAAAAAGAACAGUGAUGUGAACCAUCGUGACAACGCUGGCUACACGGCUCUGCACGAGGCCUGUGCGCGAGGCUGGAUCGACAUCCUGCACAUCCUGCUGGAGCACGGCGCCAACGUGAACUGCAGCGCGCAGGAUGGCACGAGGCCUGUCCAUGACGCAGUAGCCAAUGACAACCUGGAAACCAUGUGGCUUCUCCUCUCCUACGGUGCUGACCCCACUCUGGCCACUUACUCCGGGCAGACAGCUGUGAAGCUUGCCACCAGCGACGUGAUGAAGCGCUUCCUCUGUGAUUACCUUUCGGAUCUCCAGGGGCGCACUGACGGGGAUCCUCGAACAGCGUGGGACUUCUACAGCAGCUCUGUACUCGAGGGAAAAGACAGCAUUGGAUGCGAUCUUCUGCUCAACCCUCCAGGGAGUUCAGACCAGGAGGAAGAGGAACAGGAACCUGACAACUUCAUGUUUGAGUUCUCAGACAAGCCACUGCUGCCCAGCUACAACCUCCAAGUGUCCGUCUCUCGGGGGCCCUGCAACUGGUUCCUCUUCUCCGAUGUGCUGAAGCGGCUGAAGCUGUCCUCCCGCAUCUUCCAGGCCCGCUUCCCACACUUUGAGAUUGCCACGUUGCCCAGGGCUGAGUUCCAACGCCAGGUGGCCCUCAGCCAGGUGCUGGCCCAGGACGAGGUGCAGGAGAGCCCCGAGCCGGCGCAGGGUGCUGCAGAGACAGUGGAGCUGGUGCACUAUGAGCCCGAGCUGCUGCAGCUGCUGGGCUCCGCGGUGGAAUACGAGGCGUGGAGCAGCUGACGGGGGGCAGAUCGCUCCCUGCAUCGUGAGGCAAUAAUAAGGACCAAUGGGAAGCAGCCCUCUUGGAGCCAGCAGCAAGGACCUGAGGCUUCGGCCAGCUGAUCUCCUCCUCCCGGCGGUGCCUCGGUGCUGGCUGGGGGGAGAGGACGCUGCCUCCAAGGACUUCCUGGGGUUUCUUUGUGCUGAGCGGCGGCGGUCGCGGCUCUGGCAGCCCCAUCCAGCAGCAGCAGAGGGAGGUGGGCCCUCUGUGGGGCGGCGUGGGGCAGCGAUCGGCUCAAGCUCUUCUGCAGCGUGGGGCAAUGGGUGCCAUCGCCCCUCCCCGCCCGACCCCGUGGAACUGCACCUCUCUGUCUGCCCUCCACCCCCACCCCCGAUGUCUUCCAUAGUAUUUAUUUAAUUAGUAUUUAAUUUGUUACGUUUCCUUUUGUUUUUGCAGUCUGUAUCACUGUGAUUAUGUGAGCUCCGGGCUAUGGGACGAGGGCUUCCUCCGGCCCCUCUGCAGCACUCCCCAGGGCCUGCGCUCCCCUGGAGCACCACCCCGAGCUGCAGAACUGGGGUCUGUGGCUUUGGCACCUCGGCUGAGAGCCUGGGGACGGUCCCAUCUCUUAGCAUUGGAGCUGGCUUCUGCUGAAGGCACUCUCACCCGCUCUGCUCCAUCCUCACCAGGCUCCAUCCUGCGUUUUGGCCACGCUGCUGCUCCCUGCCCCCAGCAGCUGUCACAGAGGCAGCCCACACUUCCAGCAGCCCAGCCCCCCCCGGGGUCUCUCUCCUCUUGCCCUGCACGGUGUCUGCUCAGCCUUUGCCCCUCCUGUGUCGUUGGGAGCAGUUCUACCGGAGAGAGCAAGGCACAGGGCAGGGCUGCUGCGCUCCCGGUAGAUGGUACAGUUUUAUUGUACAGGUGCUAACAGGACUCUGAGGAUGGGACAAUCUGUUUUUUUGGUUUGGGUUUUUUUUUUCCUGUCUCUCCUCUGCUCAGCAGUGGGAGCACUGGGUGUUUGGUUUCUUUUUUUGGGUUCAUUUUUUUGUUUUGUUUUGUGUUGUGUUUCUUCCCAGCCAGGGCAGGUGUACCUUUCCCCCCUUGGACUCCCAGCUGCUGGCCUCCCCUCACUGGGGUCUGGCCACUCCUUUUUUAAGCCGAGGAUUUUUGCCUUUGGGUGUGUUAUUCUGGCUGCUCUUUCUGAUUUCUGUUUUAUUAUAAGCAACAGGCUGUGGUGUCAAAAACACUUAUGUACAGAAAAAAACCUGCAUCAGGCCCCCUGUCUCUU